CCUCCUGAAGGAUGCUGGAGGCUGGAACGUUCUUAUCGGGCAGCAAACUGCCUUCCAUAUCCUAGACCAAGCUCUCCCCACCUCCCGUAUCCUACGAAUCUUGCCGCUUUUUGAGCUGCGCUGUGGUUUCUGUGGACUAACGAAUCACCCUGCAUAUCCUGCUGGGUCAGGAGUCUUGACCGGUUAUGGUGAGGUGGUUUCAUCCGAACAUCAGUGGAAUUGAGGCAGAGAAGCUGCUCCUGACCAGGGGGGUCCAUGGCAGCUUUCUGGCUCGCCCCAGUAAGAGCAACCCAGGAGACUUCACUCUCUCUGUCAGGAGAAACGAUGAGGUGACACACAUUAAGAUCCAGAACACAGGGGAUUACUAUGACCUGUACGGAGGGGAGAAGUUUGCCACCCUUGCAGAGCUGGUGCAGUACUACACAGAGCAGCAGGGGCUGCUGAGGGAGAAGAACAGCAAUGUCAUCGAGCUGAAAUACCCUCUGAACUGCCAGGACCCCACCUCAGAGAGGUGGUACCAUGGGCAUCUCACUGGCAAGGAGGCAGAGAAGCUCCUGACAGAGAAGGGGAAACCAGGUAGCUUUCUGGUGCGGGAGAGUCAGAGCAAACCAGGAGACUUUGUAUUGUCUGUGUUGACAAAUGAGGACAAGUUGGAGACUGGGGACCGGAAGCCACAUGUGACCCAUGUGAUGAUCCACUACCAGCCAGAUGGGAAGUAUGAUGUGGGGGGAGGAGAGAGGUUUGACACACUCACAGACCUGGUGGAGCACUACAAGAAAAACCCAAUGGUGGAGAAAUCUGGAGCUGUGGUUCACCUGAAGCAGCCGUUCAAUGCCACACGCAUUAAUGCAGCCAAUAUUGAGAACAGAGUGAAGGAGCUGAACAAAAUGGCAGAUCACAGCGAGAAGGCCAAGCAAGGGUUCUGGGAAGAGUUUGAGAUGCUCCAGCAGCAAGAGUGCAAGCUCCUCUACCCCAGGAAGGAGGGACAGCGGCCAGAGAACAAGGCAAAGAAUCGCUACAAGAACAUCCUUCCCUUUGAUACCACGCGGGUGGCACUCCGAGACGUAGAUGAGAGCGUGCCUGGGUCAGACUACAUCAAUGCCAACUAUAUCAAGAGCAUCCCUGAAGAUGGCAGGAACUCGGAGCACUGCAAGAUCUAUAUAGCCACCCAGGGCUGCCUGCAGACAACAGUGAAUGACUUCUGGGCCAUGGUGUAUCAAGAGAACAGUCACGUCAUUGUCAUGACAACCAAGGAAGUGGAGCGGGGCAGGAACAAAUGUUUCCGUUACUGGCCAGACAAGAGCAGCACCAAGGAGUACGGGUGCAUCUGUGUGCGAAACGUGAGUGAGCGUGAGGCCCAGGGCUACUACCUUCGGGAGCUGGAGAUCUUGCGGACAGACAGGGAUGAGCGUCCCAGACUGGUGAAGCACUAUCAGUAUUUUAGCUGGCCAGACCAUGGGGUGCCCAAUGAACCAGGAGGGGUUUUGAGCUUUCUGGACCAAGUGAAUCGGGCACAGCGAAGCAUUCCAGACACAGGGCCGAUCAUAGUGCACUGCAGUGCUGGAAUAGGACGCACAGGCACCAUCAUAGUGAUAGAUAUUCUGGUGGAUAUUAUUCAUAGGCAAGGUUUGGACUGCGACAUCGACAUCCCCAAAACUAUCCAGAUGGUACGCAGGCAGCGUUCGGGCAUGGUGCAGACAGAGGCACAGUACAAGUUUGUUUACAUGGCUGUUCAGCAGUACAUUGAGGCUGAGCAGAAGCGACUGGAAGAAGAACAGAGGAAUAAAAGGAAGGAGCGAGAUUACUUGAAUAUUGGAUGCUCUCCUAUGGAAAAAGGCAGAGCCAAAGGGCAGCCGCCUUCACCAAGGGCCCAGUCUGUGGUUGAUGAUGAGUCAGCUUCCGUGUACGAGAACGUGAACAUCAAAAGCCCAAAGGUUUCAGGGAUGAGUAACACGGGGCGAUAAAGGAGCCGGAGGUGAGCCGCGUGCAGGCUGUACAGGAUUUACAGUGUUUACGUCCACCCUUUCCAAGUUCUGCCACUGUGGACAAUUUUUUUUUUUUCUUGCCCCAUCUUGCCUUCUCCAAGCACCUUGGAUUCAGCGAGGAAGUAAGAAGCUGACCGCCUCUGAACGAAGCAGAACCUACGCCUUAAGAACACGCCUCGCUCCAACUUAUUCAUGAGAAGGAACUUAUCCUGUUCUCCCCUGUAUUAGUAGGUUGAUAUUUAUGUGGAAGUGCCUCUGGACGUUCAUAGGGCAUCAAGACUCAAUUUUAAUUUUUUUUAAUUUAAGAUUCUUAUUUUUUACACACAAAUUGUUAAAAGGAGUGGAAAUGACUAUUUGCUUAGGAGUGUUCCCAGGGUUGCCCGCUUAGGGCAUUAGUAAAGUGUUAAUACACUUUAGGUCAAUCAUUUCUAAGCUAGAAGUAUUUUUAGACUAAAUCCUAGAGUAACUUUGCUGCCGGUGAAAGUGAGAAAUAGAAAGCAUUGCCUGGACCCAGGUAUUUGCACCUCUGAUUUUUCUCCUCCUCACCCUUUCUUUUGGCUGUUCUAUGCAACUUUUCCAAAGCACACAAGCAAUCCCUGCUGCUGUAGCAUAGCAGAUGAAUCUGCGUGUGCCUGAGAGACUGCUAGCCGCUCUGCGCGUUGGUUUCAUAGCAGAAUUGGGAGAGAGAGGUGAGCAGACCUGGGUCUGAAUGUUUAGGUGGGUCUGAAAUCCCACUUAGCUGGUAGAUGCCUGAAGAGCAGGAAAGCAGCUUCAACUAUGUGCUGUGCUUAGCCACCUCCAGCAAGUAAUAUACCCUAGGAUAUUAGACUGAGCUGAAGUUUUUGAGCCGGGCCCCUCUGAGUUUGAUACAGCUUUAUUAUUGCCUUGCUGCAUGACCCUUUCCCCCUGCAACUGUAUGCCAAGGCAAGUACUGGAUCUGGUGAGUAGGGGUGCUGUAAGAGCACUUACAAUUUGACCAGUGCCGUGAAGAUGAGUGUGUUGCUGAACGGAUUAUUCAAGCUCUGUUGAUAAUUCUUGACUUCUGACUACCAGUGCUUCCUGCUUUUCCAGCCUUCAGGCCUGCAAAUAACUCUGCCAAAGAACCCCCUUUCUGCAGGAUUCAUUGCUUUCUGAAAGCGCUCUCUGCAGGGAGCCUUGGGUCUGAGUGCUGGUGUCCGUACCUCCAGAGCAUGUGGGGGCUCAUGUUAAAGUCAUUCUGGGUCUCUGGAAGUGAAUGGACUUGCUGCCUCUCUGCAUGGUCAGGGGCGUUAGUGCCCAGAGUGCCAGCUCCCAGAGUGCUGAGCAGAAGGGGUAGAACAAAAAACACAAUUACGUACCUUGGCUGUAUUUCCUGGCUGGCAUUCCCAGUCAUUUGUCACAGGGACAGAAAACUGUUUAUUUUUAUUGCACUUUUAAUAAAUGUUGAGUAUUCUCAAGGCUUUUUCCUUUCUUUUCAAGUAGUUUGCUCUUUGGGAAAAUGACUGACUGACAGCUGAUGUGAAUAAUGGGGCAUUCUGAAUGUCUCCCCUCCCCAAAUGUGACUGUUCAAGACCCUGCCUGCCUUUACUUUGAAUCUGCCUUUUGAUUAUGCAGAAGUGAGAGGUUCAGCUGCCGGACAGCUAAACCCUUAACCUUUGUUUCCAAGUACACAGAGCAAGAAGGGGGAGUGCAGAGGGACAACCUCCCAUGAGGAUGCUUUGACAGACUACUAGGAACAGCUGGAAUGGUGAUAACACUUCUGUGGCCCCUAAUUGUCACCAUAUGCAUUAGUUUUUAAUGAAGCUGUUGCACUGAAGAUGUAGAGAAACUUAUUUCUCUCUCUCCUGCCCUUAAGUCUCACCAGUGGGAGUUGAAGGGGUAACCAAGAUGUGUAUGACAAAGCGCUUCAGCUCUACUAGUGUUAAUUUGCUGGACUUGGUCUCGAAUGCACCUAGUGUAAAAUGGAAGUGCCUUCUCUGCCUUAAGCCUCGGUGAGUCACUUAUGCCAAGAACACACUUCAAUUGGUGCUGUGAAGAUACUCUGUGUAGUAGCAAGCACUUGGGAAUGGAAAGGAUAAGAGUGAGAAUCACUGUCAAGGCCAGUGACCUUGGCAGAAGUUGUUACAGUGGCCGGAGUAGCUUCUGCAGACAUGUGGCAGGCAGGUAUUAACCUGCCUGCAGCUGAAUAUCAAAGAUAUUGUAGAUACAGCACAUGCAGCAGCUUUCCAUAAAAGUUUUGCAUAGCCACAGAUUUGCUGGGAAGUGAGAGUGACAGGAAGCAUUUUUCAACCAGCUCAGAAGAAGCAAAAAUGAGCAGUCUUUUUUUGGGUCAAAUCAGGUAAACACAGGGGAAAGUUGCACCUGGGACCACAUAGCCUAGGUGAUAGUAAGUAUGAACUGAAAGGACAAAGCUCUCCACUUGUGAAGGCUUAUACAGUAGUGGGACAGUUGAUGUGCAAGGCUGGAGUACAGAACGUGCCAUCUACUGUAGUUACUAUGAUGCAGGAAUGCAGCUGGAUUCGGGACUGUUAAGUGAAUGCCUCCAACAGCAAAUAAGAGUGGAAAGGGGAAGUAAUUGCUACAAAUUGACACCUUGCAUUAUAUAAAGUG